AGAGAGGAGGAAAUCCACGUAGCCUCUCUUGCAUCGUAAUAGUCCUGCCGUCUAAUGUCCUCAAUGUGUGCGUUUAUGUAAAGAAACGCUUAUUUCAGUUGAGCGGAUAGCGGUGUUCAUAGUGGCGGGGUAACGCGGGAUAAAUUGGUCCUGUUUGCUGAAAGGGAGAGGACUAAAAAUGGAGCUGGAAGACGGAGUUGUGUACCAGGACGACCCGGGGACAUCAGCGAUGAUGUCUGAGCGGGUGUCGGGCCUGGCCAACUCCAUCUACCGCGAGUUCGAGAGGCUCAUCGGUAAAUACGACGAGGAUGUGGUGAAGGAGCUGAUGCCGCUGGUCGUGGCCGUGCUGGAAAACCUGGACUCGGUGUUCGCGGAGAACCAGGAGCACGAAGUGGAGCUGGAGCUGCUGAAGGAGGACAACGAGCAGCUCAUCACCCAGUACGAGCGGGAGAAAGCUCUGAGGAAACAUGCAGAGGAGAAGUUCAUGGAGUUUGAGGACACUCAUGAACAGGAGAAGAAGGACCUGCAGAACAAUGUGGACCGAAUGGAGUCCCACUCCCGGCAACUGGAGCUCAAGAUCAAGAACUAUGCAGACCAGAUCAGCAGGUUAGAAGAACGAGAGCUGGAGCUCAAGAAGGAAUACAACUCCCUCCAUCAGAGACACACAGAGAUGAUCCAUAAUUAUAUGGAACAUGUAGAGAGGAUCAAAAUGCAGCAGAUUAGUGAGACUUCAGAGUCGAGCACGGUCGGUCGAGUCAGGAGAGAGCGGCCUCUUUCUUUGGGGAUUUUCCCUUCAUCUGGUGGGGCGUCUCUGCUAAUCCCAGACCCCCAGGCCAGAGCAGAGACACUGGGCACAGAGGGGUGGAGGUUCCCUGACCCAACACAGCCACGGUCCAACACUAGCCUCAAGUUGGACUUUGUCGACCCCCCAAAGGAAAGGGAGGGUAAGAGUGCGCAGGACUCUACUUGGGGGAAUUCACUGGCAGACGACUGCAAGGAUGAGAUGUCAGACUUCACCGGCUCCAAGUCGGCCACACCAAUGUCCACCACCGCCUCAGACAUGGAGAAAGAAGAUGGGAACAGUAAGAGCACAGAGGUGCAGGCUGCACCAGGAACCAGAUCCAUAUCAGUGGGUUUGCCUGAAAAUGAGGACAGCUCAGAUGUGCAGGACAUUAUUGAGUCCACCCCUGAACUGGACAUGGAUCUCAUUGGUUACAAGCACUGCAGUACGCCUACCAAAGGCAUUGAGAACAUGGCAUUUGACCGCAAUACAGACUCUCUAUUUGAGGAGCUGUCGUCUGCAGGCACUGGGCUCAUAGGGGAUGUGGAUGAGGGGGCCGACCUGCUGGUGGAGUACUCUGGUAUGGGCCGGGAAGUUGAAAAUCUUAUUCAGGAGAAUUCACAAUUGCUUGAGACAAAGAAUGCCCUGAACGUGGUGAAUAAAGACUUGAUAUUGAAGGUGGACGAGUUGACCUGUGAGAAGGAGAUGUUGCAGGGAGAGCUGGAAGCCGUGCUGCAGGCCAAGACCAAGCUGGAGGACAAGAACAGAGAGAUGGAGGAGGAACUCAAAAAAGUGCGACUGGAAGUGGAGGAAGUGAAACAGAAAACUAAAGAUGAAGAAGAUCAGAGUGAUGUACCUACAGCCCAGAGGAAGCGUUUCACCAGAGUGGAAAUGGCCAGAGUGCUAAUGGAAAGAAACCAGUACAAAGAGAGACUGAUGGAGCUACAGGAAGCUGUGCGGUGGACAGAGAUGAUUAGGGCCUCGAGGGAAAAUCCAACACUCACAGAAAAAAAGAAAUCCAGCAUCUGGCAGUUCUUCAGCAGACUGUUUAGCUCCUCCUCCAGUGCCUCUGCUAUGAAGAAGGUGGAGUGUCAGUCCAGCAUGAAAUACAACUCCCCGGGCGGCCUGGUAAAGAGGAGUAGCACCUUCUCCCAGUUCCCCACAGAGAAGUCCAAGACCUUCGACUUCCUCAAUGAAGAAAAGGACCAGUGCAGUUCGCCAUCGCGUAAAGAGCAAAAGAGAGCCCAGUACAGACAGGUGAAGGCCCACAUGCAGAAGGAGGACGGACGAGUCACUGCUCACGGCUGGAGCCUGCCCAGCAAAUGCAAGGUGGCAAAUGGUGGACAGGUGGAGAACAAAAUGAACUUGCCUGUGCCAGUGUACUUGAGACCUCUGGAUCAGAAGGAUGCUUCUAUGAAGCUGUGGUGUGCUGCAGGGGUCAACCUGUCUGGGGGCAGGAUAUCAGAGCUUACUAAACAUAAGAAGGGUUCUCAGAGUAGCCUGGAUCAGCUGGAGCAAGAGAGUAAGGAUCAGGAGAAAGGGGAUCAGGAGAAGGAGCUGGUACUUCAGGAUGAGAUUUCCAGUAGGGUGUGGGUAUGCACCAGCACCCACUCCUCCACCAAGGUUAUGGUGCUGGAUGCCAGUCAGCCCUCUGACCUACUUGACAGCUUCUACGCCUGCAACACCCACGUCGUCUGCAUUGCCAGUGUGCCGGGGGUGUUGGAGACUGAUUAUCCGGCAGGUGAAGAGGUACCCCAGGACCUGGAGGCUAGCCAAGGUGACGGGGUGUCUCUGGCCGGCAGCGUGGCCAGUGUAGGCUCUACAGGCAGCGAUGGUGCCAUGGCAGCAGAGGGGACCACCGCCAUCCCCCAGACAGCCAGCUUAGGUGUCACAGACCAGCCAGCCGAGCACAGCGCCAUGUCUGGCUCAGUUGAGCUGUCCAGAGAGACCAGUCCAGCAGAAGAUGGGGUUCCUACGGCGGAAGAGGCAACGGAAGCAACGGAGGCCAAUGCUGGUGUGGGCGAAGAGGGAGAGGAGGACCAGGGAGCGGAUCAAAACCAGCCAGGAAUCUACACGGAGCAUGUGUUCACCGACCCACUGGGGGUGGGACCCACUGACUCCUCUCCCAGUGACGGACAGAGGGGCUCUGGGCAGGAUGGAGUGACUUCUCUGCCCGAAGAAACUGACCCGUCAGAGGGGGAAGUCCUGAGGAUGAGCAGUGCCCUCCCCACCAUGUGGCUAGGAGCUCAGAAUGGAUGUCUGUAUGUCCACUCGUCUGUGGCGCGUUGGAGGAAGUGUCUUCAUGCAAUCAAGCUGAAAGACGCCAUCCUCAGCAUAGUGCAUGUUAAAGGGAGAGUCCUGGUUGCAUUGGCUGAUGGGACACUAGCAAUUUUUCACAGAAGCAUUGCAGACGGCCAGUGGGACCUGACCAACUACCACCUGUUGGAUCUGGGCCGGCCCCACCACUCAAUCCGCUGUAUGACCGUAGUCCAUGACAAGGUGUGGUGCGGCUACAGGAACAAGAUCUACGUCAUCCAGCCAAAGGCCAUGAGGAUAGAGAAGUCAUUCGACGCUCAUCCUCGCAAGGAGAGCCAGGUGCGGCAGCUGGCCUGGGUCGGAGACGGUAUCUGGGUGUCCAUCCGACUGGAUUCAACCCUACGCUUGUUUCACGCCCACACUUACCAGCACCUCCAAGAUGUGGACAUUGAACCCUACGUCAGCAAGAUGCUUGGUACGGGUAAACUGGGCUUCUCGUUCGUGAGAAUCACAGCUCUCGUGGUGUCCUGCAGCCGCCUGUGGGUGGGGACAGGAAAUGGCGUCAUCAUCUCCAUCCCGCUGUCUGAAGCCAACAGGACAACGGGAAUAGUGCCAAAUCGGCCCGGCAGCGCAGUACGGGUUUACGGUGAUGACACUUUAGACUGUGCCAUGCCAGGCAGCUUUGUGCCAUACUGCUCCAUGGCUCACGCCCAGCUGUGUUUCCAUGGACAUCGAGAUGCUGUCAAGUUUUUUGUCACCGUGCCAGGGCAGGCAAUGCCUCCUCCAGGCAGUGCAGAUUCAGGCUCUGAUGACCCUGCCUCUGAAUCCUCUGACACAGUGACCUCUGAGCCCAAAACGUUCUUGGUCAUGAGUGGAGGCGAAGGCUACAUUGACUUCAGAAUGGGUGAGUAUGCUGUGUUUCUCCUACAAAAUAUUUAAGGUUGCGUUUGAAUCAACAUGAAAAGCAAUGUAGCUGAUUCUGUACUAUCUGACUAGUAAAACUGGUUAAACCAAUGACAAAACAACAAAUAUCUCCGCGGUGACCCGUCUGGUAGGGUGUUUGUUUGACUCAUC